AUGGUUUUGAUCAGGAGGAUUUCCAAGUCUUCUGUUGUGAUGAAGGACAGCUACUCACAGAGCCGUGUCUCUCAGAGGUUUUUGUACGACGACUCGACCAGUUUGUAUCACUGUGGUACACGUUUGGUGGAGGAACCAGACUGGAGUCAAACGUCUCUAAACAGCAGCGGAGUUAGUUUGUAUAACUGUGGGUCACGUCUGGAGGAACCAGACUGGAGAUGUAAAAAGUUAAACUGCUGGAUGAUUUUCUUUGAGCUGAUCUGCAUCAGAGGUUUCUGUUGGGAAGUGAAACAAAGUGAUGCCCGUCCCAUCCUGACGGUGCUGCCUCCCUCCAGUGAGGAGCUGCAGCAGGGGAAGGCCACGCUCAUGUGUCUGGCCAACAAGGGCUUCCCCUCAGACUGGAGUCUGUCCUGGAAGGUGGACGGCAGCAGCAGCAGCUGGGAGGAGGACAGGAGCCCCGUGGUGAUGAAGGACGGCCUCUACAGCUGGAGCAGCACCCUGAGGCUCACUGCAGACCAGUGGAGGAAGGUGGGCUCUGUGACCUGUGAGGCCACCCAGGGUUCCCAGUCUCCAGUCUCAGAGUCACUCAGGAGAGACCAGUGUUCCCAGUACUGAUGGGACUCACUGUGAUGCUGGUUUUACUUUGCUAAUUCUUUCAGUUUGAUUCAUGUGGUUUUUCACCUGCUUAAAUAAAGCUUGUUUUAUAAGCAUUAAACUC